AAUAGCAGCCCAAAUGAAAGCUCUGACCCUUUUUUGGAGUGGGAUGUGGAAUCCUGUCGCCCUUCCCCACGCCACCAUCUUCAUGUUUCUCUUUUCUUUUCCUUUCUUUCACUCAAAUUUUCCCGGAAAAUUCUAAUGAUUCUUCUUCAAAAUACCCAUUUCCCGGAAAAUUUUAUUUGUUUUCUGAAUUUUUUUCGUGUAAUUUCCUCUGAUGAAGGUUGGUUCUGCGGCUCAGAUUUGUUUUGUUCUUCUUUUGUUGAAUCUGGAUCGUGCGAUUUGCAGAACCGAUAUCGUUCCUGGUCACGAGGUUACUCUGGCAGUGCCGGCGGAGUACGGCGAAGGGUUCAUCGGAAGGGCAUUUUUAAUUGAAACGGAGCAUUUACCACCGCCCAAUUUCCGAGCAGCUUUAACCGUCGAAGCUACGCAGGGUAACUUUUCUUGUUCGUUGCAGGUUUUUCUCGGAGAAGUUAAGGUUUGGAGCUCCGGUCACUUCUCCCGGUUUUUCACGGCGGAGAAAUGCGUCCUUGAACUCACUGACGACGGCGACUUGAGACUCAAAGGACCAACCGGACACGUCGGGUGGCGGACGGGGACUGCCGGACAAGGUGUGGAGAAACUGAGAAUUUUGAGGAGUGGGAAUUUGGCAUUGGUGGAUGCAUUGGACGGCGUUAAAUGGCAAAGCUUCAAUUUCCCAACGGACGUUCUUCUUUUAGGGCAGAGUUUAAACGUCGCUACCCAUUUAACGUCCUUCCCACCAAAUUCAACCUCUUUUUACUCAUUCGAAAUCCAAGCUCAAAAACUUGCUCUGUUUCUCAACUCAGCCAAAUCCAAAUAUUCUUAUUGGGAAUUCAAGCCUCCCAAGAACAUGAACCUCUCAUUCAUAACGCUCAAUACCGACGGCUUGGAUAUCUUCAACGAUGAAGCCAUGAAAAUUGCAGCAAUCCCAUCAGGAACGGCUCAGCCAUUGAGAUUUGUAGCGUUAGGGAACAAAAGUGGCAAUCUUGGGCUUUAUUAUUACUCCACACAAAAGGGUAUUUUCGAAGCUUCAAAUCGAGCUUUAAAAACCACUUGUGAUCUUCCACUUGCUUGUAAACCAUACGGGAUUUGUACGUUUUCCAAUUCCUGUUCUUGCAUUACAUUUCAAGUGGAGAAUGAAGGGGAUGAUAAUUCCAAGUGUAGCGACGAAAUUAGUGGGAAAUUUUGUGGGGGAAUUGAAGGGGAGAUGGUUGAAUUAGAGGGAAUUAGUAGUAUUUUACGUGAUGCUCCUAAUAGAGUGAAUUUAAGUAAACGGGAAUGUGGGAAUUGGUGCUUGGAGGAUUGUAAAUGUGCGGCGGCUUUGCAUUAUUCCGGCGGUGGCGAUGGCGGCGUUGGCGGCGGAGAGGAGUGCUAUUUGUAUAGAGUGGUGAUGGGGGUUAAGGAGAUUGAGAAGGGGAUGGGGUUCAGCUAUAUGGUUAAGGUUCCAAAAGGGACGGCGUUGGAGCGGCGGAAGUCGGGGUUGAAGAAAUGGGUUCUUGCGGCGGUGGGCGUGGUUGAUGGGUUGGUUAUUGUCGCUGUUUGUGGAGGCCUUGGCUAUUACUUCAUCAAGCGCAGGAGGAAGAAUUUGAUACUCGGAGAUACCAAUAAUUCUUGAAUUGGAGGGUUCCAUUUGUUCAUUUUCUCUCGAUUUUUUUUUUUU